AUGCAGUAUUUUGCAGUAGAUGCUGUUCAUUUGCUUUUAUCUUCAUGUUUUCUUUAUUUAUUCUCCAGCAGUGCAGCGCAGGUUUACAUAGACGUCAACUGUAAUGCUGCCAGCAAUUAUACUUCUGGGAGUGUCUAUGACCAGAAUCUUAAUAAUACUCUUACAUCUCUUGUUGCCAAUUCUUCUCUAAGUGGCUUCUAUAUCACCAGCGUGGGCCAGAAUCCUGAUGUGGUUCAUGGCCUCAUACAGUGCAUACCAGAGCUCUCUAACAAGGAUUGCCAAACUUGUGCAAAUACUGCAGCAACAGAGAUUAGGCGCCGCUGUUUUACCCAGAAGGAAGCUUCCAUACUUACUAAUAAUUGCUCCUUACAGUACUCAGACUGGAGUUUCUUCACGACUGUCAAUGGUGCUGUAAGAUUUAGUUUUAAUAAUCCGGAUGAUGCAGCUGACACGGUCCUUUUCAAUCGUCAGUUGGGAAACUUGGUGAAAAAUAUCUCAUCUGAUGCUGCAGCCAGUCCUUCGAAAUUUGCUGUUGGGAUCACUGACUACACAGAUUUUGUCAAUAUAUAUGCUAGGGUGCAGUGCUCUAGGGAAUUAGCAGAAAACAGUUGCUUGAUUUGCCUGCAAGGGCUUAUCAGUUAUAUUCCUACGUGCUGUGAUAAAAAAGUAGGAGGUCGUAUACUCUCUCUGAGUUGCAAUCUCCGUUAUGAGACAUAUUUAUUCUUUCUCCCUCCAUUACCACGUCCUCCACCAUCUCCAUCAUUGCCAGAGCAGAAUGAAACUACAGAUGGAACUGCUAAGACAUCUAAUCAUGCUGGAGAGAAGAACUCAGAAAUUGUUGUUUUAGUGGUCAUACCAGUAGCUAUUUUGUUGGUUGUCAUAACUAUAAUCUGCGGUUGCUUCAUAUGGAGAAGCACCAGAAGUAAAAGAGUUGAGGGUGUUCAUGAAGAUGGAGAUAAGAGAAGGGAAUCGCUUUCGAUGAGUCUAAGUAUGCUUAGGGAUGCAACAAGAAAUUUCUCUGAGGCAUGUAAACUUGGACAAGGUGGUUUUGGUUCAGUUUACAAGGGUAAAUUCUUUGAUGGACGAGAAAUAGCUGUUAAAAGGCUAUCAAGGAGCUCAGGGCAAGGUUUAGAAGAACUUAAAACAGAAGUAGGGUUGGUUGCAAAGUUGUUGCAUCGGAACCUGAUAAGGCUGUUGGGCUUCUGCUUAGAAGAUGAAGAGAAACUUCUUGUCUAUGAAUACCUACCUAACGGGAGCUUGGACAAAAUUUUGUUUGAUCAUAAUAGACGGUUCUGGUUGGAAUGGGAAAGACGGCACAAAAUAAUUAUUGGAAUUGCUCGAGGACUUUGUUACCUACAUGAAGAUUCUCAGUUGAUGAUUAUUCAUAGGGAUUUGAAAGCCAGUAAUAUACUGUUAGAUGAGUACAUGAAUCCCAAAAUUUCUGAUUUUGGUUUGGCUAGACUAUUCUGUGGACGCCAAACUCAAGGCAAUACAAAUAGGAUCGCUGGUACUCAGGGAUACAUGGCACCUGAGUAUGUGAGGAAUGGGCACUAUUCAGAUAAAUCUGACGUCUAUAGCUUUGGUGUCUUGGUUUUAGAAAUUGUGGCAGGUCGAAAAAGCUCUAGUUUUCGCAAUCCAAUGAAUCUACAAAGUUAUGCAUGGCAAAACUGGGCUAAUGGAAAAGCUUUGAAGCUGAUGGAUCCAAUCUUGGGAGAUCAGUGGCCAAGAAAUGAAGUUUUGAAAUGCAUCCACAUUGGGUUACUAUGUGUUCAAGAAUCUGCUGCUGAGAGACCUACAAUGUCAGAGAUUGUCGUGAUGCUUAGUAGUUAUACUGUAACUUCCCCAGCACCAUCACCACCAGCAUUUUUUGUGACUAUGGAAAAUCCUGAAGCAGGAUUGAUGACAGAAAAUCCUGGAGCAUCAUCUCAAUAUGCUGAAUCUAAACCAGAUUCAUUACAACAGUCUCUGAAUGGGGUUACAAUUACUGAUUUGGAUCCUCGCUAG